AUGAGGGGAAAGGAGGCGAAAACGAUAAAUAUAAAAGGGAUGACGUCAGCCGCCGAAAUAAAAGAAGUAGAAGAAGCCAUUAGAAACACGGUGGGCCAAGAAAUAGAGUUUAAGACCAGUAAUUUGAGACCAUACGCUAGAUACAUGAAGGCGAUAACAGUUGAGAUGGAAAAGACAGCAGCAGACCAAAUGCUGAAUGAGAAGAAAGUACGGGUAGGACUGACCAUGUGCCAGGUGGAAGAGAGGAAGGGGUUAAAGAAAUGCUCUAGAUGCUGGUCACCAACACACUUAGCUAGGGAUUGUUGUGGAGAAGAUAGGAGUACGUGGUGUUUUAAUUGUGGGGGUCAAGACCAUAAAGCGAAGGACUGCAAGAGCGAAGCACGAUGUUCAGACUGCAAAAGGGUAGGACACAGAGCAAGUACAAAUAUGUGCCCAGAAUACAGAAAUAAGAUGAAAGGGGGAAAGGAAGAAACGCUUGAGGAAUGCCCGACGAAUGAGAGAGAUGAGAGCAAGGAGGAAGAAAGCGAAGGAGAAAAGCGAGAAAACGAAAAGAAUCAGCCCAAGGAGGGGGAAGAGGAAGAGAUUAAGUUCACAGAGGUAACUAGAAAAAAGAAGCAAGCGAGGAAAGACGAAAAGAAAGGCAGACAAAGCCCCACAGAUGCUUCCUUAUUAAAAUGA